GAACGGGGCCCGCGGAGCGCCGCGGGGCAGCGCAGCCCGGCGGGCCCGGCACUCGGCGGGCAUGAGCGCCCUGCCGCUCCUGCUGCUCUCGCUCUGCUGGAGCCUGGGGCGGGUGAAUGGUGUCCAUCCAGAAUGCAGAUUUCAGCUGGAGAUUCACAAGGAGGAAACCAGGUGCAUGGAGCUUCUAAAGAAUGCAAAGCCAGUGGACUACAAAGGAUGUGUUGGAGUUUGGGAUAACAUCACCUGUUGGCGUCCUGCGAAGAUUGGAGAGACAGUCACUGUCCCUUGUCCAAAAGUAUUCAGCCUUUUUUCUGGCAAACCAGGAAAUAUUAGCAAAAAUUGUACAAGUAAUGGAUGGUCGGAUAUAUUUCCUGACAUCUUAAGUACUUGUGGAUAUAAUGACUACGAAGACGAUUAUAAGGUCAACUUCUAUGUGAGGGUGAAAGCAAUUUAUACCCUUGGACACAGCGUAUCUCUGAUUGCUCUUACAACAGGAAGUAUAAUUCUUUGCCUUUUCAGAAAACUUCAUUGUACUCGGAACUACAUUCAUCUGAACCUGUUCCUCUCUUUCAUUCUAAGAGCAAUCUCUGUUUUAGUCAAGGAUGAUAUUCUUUAUUCCAGCUCCAACACAGCUCACUGUCCAGAGGAUCAAACCUCAUGGGUGGGCUGCAAGGCAAUUCUGGUGUUUUUUCAGUAUGGUGUUAUGGCAAACUUUUACUGGCUCUUAGUGGAAGGACUUUACCUCCAUAUCCUCCUUGUGCUAAUAUUCUCCCCCAACAGACACUUCACAAUCUACCUGCUGAUAGGAUGGGGAAUUCCUACAAUAUUCAUUAUUACGUGGACAGUGACACGGAUCGUUCUAGAGGACACUGGUUGCUGGGAUACAAAUGAGCAUGGUGGUCCCUGGUGGGUUAUACGAAUACCAAUUUUAAUUUCUAUUAUAGUGAAUUUUAUACUUUUCAUAAGCAUUAUAAGAAUCUUGCUGCAGAAGUUAAGAUCUCCAGAUGUCGGAGGAAAUGACCAGUCACAGUACAAGAGACUUGCAAAAUCCACUUUGUUGCUUAUUCCAUUAUUUGGAGUUCACUACACUGUGUUUGCUCUAUUUCCUGACCGCAGUUCCAACAAUUAUAAAAUAAUCUUUGAGUUGUGUUUGGGAUCUUUUCAGGGGUUGAUUGUUGCAGUCCUGUAUUGUUUUUUGAACAGUGAAGUGCAGGGGGAGCUGAAAAGAAAGUGGCGGAGUUUGUGCUGGAAGCAGACAGCGGGCAGAGAUUACAGACUCCACAGCUCGUCCAUUUCUAGAAAUGGAUCAGAAAGUGUUUCCCAACUCCACCGGAAUUCAAGAGCUCAUUCAUUUAUGCAGACAGAGACCACCAUGAUAUAAAUGAGCUAGGUCCCCCCCAAACAUGAAAAACUGUGGAUAUAUCAUUCAUUAUACAGCUUGAUGUGAUAUUUUAUGAAAUGUACAGUUUAGUGCUUUGCUUUUCUACAUGUUGGUAUUUGGGGAAUUGGUUUGUGCAGCCAAGCUGUUAAUAGCAGAGAAGCCUGUCCCAUGGAUGCUUUCUGUUUUGUUCAAAUGGUAUUCAUAUUAAUUCUGAUGUUCUCUUGCAGUUUACUGUCUGUAACAAUUCAAAAACUCAUUUUCCAUAAAGGUCGCUUUACCUUCCAAAAUGGCUACAAGAUCCAUGCAUGGUAUCCUGCUCAAUGCAGACUUCUUUGGCACAAGUAAGGGUUAAGAUGGGAAGCAAGAAAAUUUCUUACACUUUAUUUAUACUUAAGGAAACAUUGCCUUAAGGGUUAGGAAAUUAUUUUCUAAUUAUGGAAAAUAAGAUUUAAAAAAAAAAUCUAAGGCUAUAAUUAACCACACUGGGAAUUCAGUGUGCUAAUCCAGGAAAUCAUGAACAUGAUUUACACAGGAGGAAAAAGGUAGUACUUCUAGGCUAAUGGUAUAAAUUUCAGAGAUUACUUUCUACAGAGUUUGAUUUCAAUCCUGUUGUCACUUUCAAAAGUGCCUAGUUUAAUAUUUGAGUGCAGAGUGUAGGGCCACCUUUACAGUCCAUACAGAAAGAACUGCUAUAUUACUUUUGAAUUUAGUAGUUCUCAGUUGUUCUCCCCUGUUUAAAGUCAGAUUUGUGACUUUCGUGAAGGAAUUUUCUGAAGAGGUAUAUUUUAUUUUGUAAAGCAGCCUGGCAUAGGAUAAACAGUCUUGAAUAGCACAUUACACACUGAAAAUACCAUUUUUUUGCAAUAUUAUCAUUGAAAUCUGUCUCUUGGAACUACAUAUUUGACUACAAAAGACAAAGAAUAGUGCAGUGAAGUUACAACUCACAUUUAAUGAAAAAUGUAAAUUCUUUUACAUUUAUUCAGUUCCAUAUAUAUCUGAAAUUAUUUAAAAUAUAUGACCCCCAGGAAAAAAAACAACAAACAAACAGAAUCCCUAAAACUUACCGUAAAAGGCAUAAAGAAGGCAUUUUCAGCAAUGCCAAGCCUCUUAUGUUGCCACAUUUACAAAAAAAAAGGCAGAGAACUGACAGUCUUAUUAAAAAGUAUACAACAUUUCCGCUCUUUAACAGAAAUAAAUGCAGUGAUAUUUUCUUCCCAUGCCAACAUUUAACCAUGUCCACCCUACAUUACAGGUUGGAAUGAUUUGUAUUUGCAUGAGUACCUCCAUACAAACCAUUGCCCUCAUAUUUCAGACAGAUUUUAUGGAGCCAGCAGAAUCCAAGGUCCCUACUCUUGUCAGAUACAGGGAAGAACAGCAGCAAGGGCAUCUCUUGGCAGGCAUAUUUGUGCAUUCUUGAAAAUAUUACCAGCACGGGGAAAGGACUGAGCAGCUGUCAAAGUGUCCCUGCAAUUCUUGAUCUGAUUUAAUCCAGCCAUUUAUCAGUCAAACACAAUUUGUUUUAACAGGAUUGUCAUGGAGUCACAAAAAGUUUUGUCAGACCAAAGAUAGAAAGGGCCCCAUGGUUCACUGCUACAGAAUGUGGUGAAUGUUACAUGACACCAGUAGGUAUCAUUUGAGUUAAAUAACAACCACUCAAAGAAUUGUUACUUACAAAAACUGAAUUUAAAUAAGCUAUUGGUCACUUCCAGACCAUUCAUAAUGUUUUCUUCUUGGCAAAGUAAUUAUGAGAUUCUGGAUGAAAGUAGGCUGACCAAGGACAUUCCCAUGGGGUCUAAAGAUGUCCCCUUACACAUGUAUUUAAACUAAAUAUAUUCCCAAAUACUUUAGACUAAGGAAGCUGCUAAAAUUUAGUAUGUUUCCUGGAUCUCUGGAAAAACUUAUCACAAGCUCUUAACUGCAAAUAUAUGAAGACCCACUGGAGCUUUGGGAGCUGCUCUUACACUUAAAUUAAACACAUCUGCACAAAUUAGGAUUCUUUGUCUGCAGUGGAAUUGGGACUGCUCAGUUCCCUGAGAUGUGAUGUGCAGGAUGUUCUUUUUUCCCCUUAAUUUCUAGGGUAGAAAGGCACAUGUGACAAGCAUUCAAGUGUGCUCAUCUUUUUGCUCAAAUGAGGUUAUGUGAGCAAGUUGACACACAGACAGAAUGAUAGCACAGAAAUAGAUGUUUCAGGCAGUCAUUUCCAUCAGUCUGCUCUGCAUGAUGCAUCACCAAUUAUAUGUGUUUAUAACACAUUGUAUCUUAGAGAAAACUGUCUUUGUUCUAAUUAGGUGAGCAUGGAAAAAAUCUGCAUUUUAAUUAUUUCUGGGUUAUAAAAAAGAAAACCCCAAAUAAGAAAAUACAUUUUAUGCUGCAACAAACCAGCAUUGUUUCCUUUAACAGGGUGCAGAUGCGUUUGGGCUUGAUUCUACUUUUCAUGUAGGGUGAAAUGCCACAUGAGAAGUUUACAGUGGGAGAACAUAGGGGUAUCACUAAUUUGUAAAGGACAAUGUGGUCAUGGAAAGAAUGGCACACAGGAGAGAGAGGUGCUGUAUAUAUUUCUUUCAACCCAGUCAAAAGUACAGUACUUUGGAGAACCUCAUCAUUAUAUUAAUAAUGUAAAUGCAGAUAAUCUAAAUACUGUUUUAUGAGACAGUUUAACUUGAUAAUGCUUUGUACAAGCAGUAAACACACAGAGGGCACUGUGCUCACUCAUUUUUAUUCCCAGAAAAUUUCUGAUUUCCAAAUAAUUUUAUGCAAAGUUACAGCUUCAACCCUAUACACCAGUUUGACUUUCAGCUGCCUUUUCAUGAACAGAUACACAUAAUAAAAAAUGUCUGUAAAAGAUGCAUAAAAUUCGACAAAUAUAGAACUCAAUCAGUGGUUUUCAUCUUUACAACACCGAAAACAAGGCAGCUUCUCAUGGCUUUGUCUUUCAUUGCAUUUUGCUGAGGAGUAUGGGAUUAAAUGCUCUUGUUCUGUGCUGUGGUGACUCUAAAGAGUCAAAAGUACAAUGCAAUGAAACAUCAUUUGGCCUUCUGUCAUCCCUAAUCCUAGUUCUCACUCAGUCCUAGCAGCAUCAGGGGAGGAAGUAGAGGCUGCAAGACAAGUGUAACUUUUCCCUACACCUCCCUUUCUUCAUUCCUUUACUGCCUCUUUACCUUUGGUUGCAUCAGGGUCCAAACUGAGUUGUAAAGUCUUCAAGGCAGGAAACAUGCACAUUUUUUUUUGUGCAUCUGCACUGAAAAACCAGUAGCACAGCUUGUACUUACUGAAUAAGAAUGGUAAUACAGUUCACUCCCAGUACCAUGGUUAACUGCUGUGCUUUACCUCUCCUGGAGGCACCAUUAAUUCGGAGUGAUUUCUGUCACCAUUACCUGCUGCUGCUGCCUGAGGAACACAGUGACACCUUACUAAUUACAAUUAAAAGAUAUAUAUGGACACUGACUUAAAUUUUCCUCUGCAGUCUAUUUCAGCUGGGUGCUUGAUAAACUCAGGUGAAAUUCAUCUGCCCUGGUUUUGGUGUCUGAAAGCUGAAUGUUUGUGCUAAAGACACUUUUACAGGGCUUUCCACAGUCAUCAUAGAGAAAGAGGCACCAGCUGAAGAUGACUCCUUCCAUGUUCAGCUGGGCAUCUGAGGCAGGAAAGCUGCACCUAGUUUUCUCUUUACUUACUAUAGAACGAGUCUGGUGUGUACUUGGAUUUCUCACUCCAUAGAUAGAAUCAGGUAAGAUGUAUCCCUCCAGAAGAGAUCAUUAAUCCUUCUGGGUUAUUUAUAUUAAUAUUACACAGAUACCCCUUUUUAAGGCAAUUACCUUGGGCUGGCCAAACUUAUUCUCCAAGAAAAGUGCAGUGUAAUUCCAAAGGUGAGGCAGUGGAGGAUCCUGCAGUUCAGUUGGUCAGGCGUCCCUGCCUUCCAUGACAAAGCCCACAGGCUUAUAUCUCAUUUUGAUUUCCCUGGCCUCAGCUUCCAGACAAUGUUUGUAUUUUGGGGUUAGGUGUUUGGCUUUUUGCCUUUUGUAGGGGGAGCCAUGCUAAAAGAAAGUGCUUUACAGUACCCAAAAUUUUCUUUAUGUUGUACUGCAAGUAGCCAGCUGAGGAAUACCCAAUCUAAGCUUGUGAUGGGUCUGUACUGUAGCAGCAAUUGAUAACUGAUGGCAAAUAGCAUUACAAAAAACCUUCAACAGUCAAGUUGGAGCCAUCCUACCCCACUCUGUAGCAUCUGCUUCAUGUCCUGAUUCACCCUAGGCUUGAAGCCCUUUUGCCUUUAACACACCAAAGGGCAAAGCAACAGACAUAGACCCUCAGCAAACCAGAGAUUCUGUCUGGGGCAGAGUGGUGAAAUAAGGCAUUGCCAGGUGCAUGUGGCACACAGUCCAUGUACAAAGACUAAGAUGAAUCAUCUGCAACAUUUGUCCUCUAUUUUUCAAAAAAUCAUCUCCUGUUAACUGUGAAUUUGCCCAGUUCAGCAAAGUGAUUUGGGAUUAAGUCCAGAUUCAGACUAUACAGAUUUUUUUCAGACAUAAGGAAAAAUCAAGCCCUAAAUAUGUCUGACAAAAAGAAAGAACAGGAAAGUAACCUACAAACAAAGCUGCUAUGUGUAUAAGGGUCAUCAUCUGAACAAUUAUUGUCUGUGCAUAGUGAUAGAGAAAAUACCUUUACCAACAGGAGUCCCUUCAUGUUACCAUGAGUGCCUAUAUCAGCAGUGGGCUGCCAUUACUACCCUGACAUGACCAAAUGCAGAAGUUAGGGUCCAGUGCUAUUCUGUUGCUGAAAAAAAUAAAAUUAUGAAGUAUUCUAACAUGUAUAUUACAAGAGUACAUCAGGACAACAUUUAAAUAGAGCAUUCUAUGAGAUGGUUUAGCCACUCUAUGUUGAAUCUGGUUCUGCCCAAUGAUAGCAGGUUGUAGUUAAAUCCAAGUCAGGCAUUGUCAGCUAAAAAAGGGACUGAAAUGUCCCAAACCCCUCUAUUUCCCAAAGCACUGUAAUAAGUUUAUGGAAAAACCUGCAGGUUUUUUUGUCCUGGCACAUUAGUAUGAGUAUUACUUCAGACUUCUCUUUUGUCAUCUUUGUUAUAACUUUGUAUCUGUCAAGUAUGGUAAAAAUUAAAGAUUAUGUAAAUGAAUGUGAUUAUUUUUUACAAAAUGUACAGAUUAUGAUGUUGUAUAGAUUAAUGUGUGUAAAUAGAUUUCAUACUGUAAUUCACUAUAGUUUUCUUCUGGUUUUGCUCUUUUGUUCUUUUCUGGUUUCAGUUUUUAAUGUCACAAACCUAACAGCCUUCUCUGAGAUGUUAUGUAUAAAGCUGUGAACAAAUAAGUGUUUACAUCUUUAUGCUAUUACAGAUAAUAGUAAUCAAUAACACCAUAAUGGACUGAAGAGGAAUCAGAGAAUAAAAAUUUUAAAAGUUUUCCACAAAAA